CAGAAGUCAGUGCAAUUUUCGUGGGCAUGAUGUCCUUUUUCCUUGGCAUAUCAACCACAAACAGAAGCCUGGAACAUAACAAAUGCUUCAUGAAAUUAGGGACAUGGCCUCUUGGGGACAGAGAAAGCCAUAAAGUCUGACUCUGGCAUCUGGCAGUACAGAUUACAUGAACGAGUUAUAGAAGAUUGUACCUUCCAGAUAAGCAGAUUAUGUUCCUUGGAUGGAAGAAAAGAAAAGAAACCUGAACGAAACUCCAGGGAUCCAGGUGACUGAUUUCAUUCUCAUGGGCAUCACAAACCGUCCUGAACUGCAGGGCCCCCUCUUUAUUGUGUUUUUAUUUAAUUACAUGGCCAUAGUUGUUGGGAACAUGGGCCUGAUCAUCCUGACCAGUGUGGAUUCCCACCUCCAAACCCCCAUGUACUUCUUUCUCAGGCAUCUGGCAUUUGUUGAUCUUGGCUAUUCCACAGCUAUUGGGCCAAAAAUGUUAGUUGGUUUCAUAGAGGAGAAAAAUAUCAUUUCUUAUAACGGAUGUGCAAUGCAGCUAGUGUUCUAUGUGAUAUUUGUUACCAGUGAACUUUUUAUCCUGUCAGCCAUGGCCUAUGACCGCUAUGUGGCUAUCUGUAAGCCCCUCCUCUACACGGUCAUCAUGUCAGACAUCAUAUGUUGGCUCUUGGUGGCUGUCUCAUACCUCUAUAGCACCAUGGUAUCCACACUGGUCGCAAUAAAGCUUUUUAAAUUAUCUUUCUGCAAAUCAAAUGUAAUAAAACACUUCUACUGUGAUGGUGCUCCCCUAUUGUCCAUUACAUGCUCAGACACAAGUAAGAUUGAAGUAAUCAUUAUUAUCUUUGCUGUACUUAAUUUUAUUUCUUCCCUCUUGAUUAUACUUAUCUCCUACGUGUUCAUUCUUGUGACCAUCCUCAGGAUGAACUCUUCUAAGGGCAGGCACAAAGCCUUCUCCACUUUGGGCUCUCACCUCACUGGUGUAGUUAUAUUCUAUGGGACACUUCUCUUCAUCUAUCUGCAGCCCCAAUCUAGCCAUUCCUUUGAGAAAGACAAAAUAGCCUCUGUGUUUUACACCCUGGUCAUCCCCAUGCUCAACCCCUUGAUCUACAGUUUGAGGAAUAAAGAGGUGAAAGGUGCCUUGAGGAGGCUCUUUAAAAAAAGCAUAUAA